GGGACGGGACCAUUCUCUCUGGCGGGACCUAUGAACAGGGCAAAGGCUCUUUGACUAAUGUUAUCUAGUUAACAUUUCCCAAUCAAUUUUUCGGUCCUAGAUCACCAUCUUUAAACAAUCAUGAAGUUCCGAUCAAAAAUGAUUGACGUGGGAUGUCUUAAUCACUUCACGCGUAUGUGUUGUGAACACGAUUGCUAAACUGAACAAGACCUGCGUCCUUCGACUCACUCCUGACAACCUCUACUUUGUGCUGUCCGGGAAGGUGUCCAACGGUGGAGUCAGCAUGUGGUGCGAGUUAUUACAGGUUAACUUCUUUGAUGAAUAUCAGAUAGAGGGCGUGGCACCAGAUGCCAAUGAGAUAUGUCUGGAGUUGGCACCAGAGAACAUCUCCAGGGCGCUGAAGACGGCCCAGAACGCCAAGUCCGUCAAGAUCAAACUGACCAAGAAACACUGUCCCUGCCUCACCCUCGCUGCAGAGCUGCCCUCGCUGUCCAGUGUGAGUCGAAUUGUCACGCACGAUAUCCCAGUGGACGUCAUACCCCGACGUAUGUGGCACGACUUCAAAGAGCCCAGCAUGCCAGACUUUGACGUCAGCAUAUAUUUGCCUCCUCUCAAAACAAUGAAGAGUGUUGUGGACAGGAUGAAGAACCUGUCCAACUAUUUGGUCAUUGAAGCAAACCUCAGUGGUGAGAUGAAUCUGAAGAUUGAGACUGACUUGGUGUCUGUCACAACGCACUUCAAAGACCUUGGGAACCCACCGUGGGGUGACGAGGCGUCCCAGAGCGGGGGUCAGAGGCGAGGUGCGGAGGCCAUGGCACACACACGCGUGGACAUCAGGAAGCUGCAGCAGUUCCUCGCCGGCCAGCAGGUCAACCCCAGCAAAGCCAUGUGCAACAUCGUUCACAAGCGAAUUGUGCACUUGAUUCUGCUCCACGAGGACGUGUCCCUGCAGUACUUCAUACCUGCCGUGGCAUGAGUGGGCGUGGCAUGAGUGGGCGUGGCAUGAGUGGGCGUCCGCUGGGCGCUCUCUGACGCCACCCUGGAGUGGCGCCAUGGUGCAGUGGGCGCAGGAGGACUAGAGUCUCCGAGUGAUGUCCUGCCCGCUCUGGUCUUUAAUGAGGCCGCACGUUAGCGCUGUUGAUCACGAGCAUGCUGCUCUCAAGCGGAUGCUGCUAAUUCCUUUUCAUAGGCGCCAUUGUGUAAUCAGAUCAAGUGUGAUACUUGGUUGUAGUUCAGUGCUACAGUGUAGAUAGUUUAUUGUGCCUAUGUUGGUUUGAAGCUUUGAAUAGCAGGUUGAUGCUACAAGAUGCCUUGUUUCUAAAUAUGUAUUUAUUUCCUUUUCUAAAUUUUCCAAAAUACUAUUGUUCCUCUCUAUAAAUACUGUUUUAUUGACUUUCAAUUCCGAAUUAUCAAUAGCGAAUAGAUAAACACAAAUAAAAAUAAUAGUUGGUUAUACUUAAA